GCUUUCUAUUGACAAACUCCAUGAAGUCGUUCAUGGUGAACCACGUGUAAUAGUCGUAUCACACUUUCAACCAUUUUUAUUUCGAUAGGUGUUAAAAGUAAUGUUUCCGACAAUAUGUGAUGAAUCAGAGUGCUUAAAUUGAUAUAAUGGUGAAUUGGUCAAUAAUUUGUUUAUUGUUGUUAUUACUUUUACAAAAAUGUGCCUCUAUAACUCUACGAAGUUAUAUUUCCGCGAAGGGUCUCCACGGUACGAUCACUUUCACAAAAUAUCAAGAUGAAAUACGAAUAAAUACUAAUCUUGAAGCUACUUUGGAAUAUCCUACGCAAAUAUGGUCUUGGUACGUGACGGAAUUCCCCGUAGAUUACAGUCUGAUAGAAGCCAGAUGUCAAAAUUUAGGAAAAAAAUUACUUUCCAUGCAAGAUACUUUUGGGUAUUUAAUUUUACCUGAUAAUCAAACUGCAGUUUAUGUUACAAGGGAAUUGACGAUAAACGGAGCGUUAGGACUUUAUGGGAAAGGUCUUUACUUCAAAAAUGAAGAUACUUCCGAAGUUAUUUGUUCUUCUAUCACUAUGGUGGAUAAAGAAAAAGAGAAAAUAGCCGUUGCUAGAUUCAAUAGUCCCAUCGCUGGAAAUGUCUAUUUCAGAUGGUUUUCGACCAAAGAUAAUCAUACCGACAUGUUGAUUACAACUGAUCUGUAUCAUGUUCGUAAUAAAGAAAAUUUUAGUAAAUCUUUGGAAUAUACAGAGCAUUCUUGGAAAAUUUACGUAACAGAUAUUUUGGAUUCAGAAGAAACUAGACAUGUGGAUAAUUGUAAUAUUUUACAGCUUGUAUUUGAUCCAGAUAAUAAAGAAAAAGGUAAAGCUUUAGGUGACAUUGAUAAAAGACUGGGAAAAGUAAAAGUAUCCACUGAUUAUAGCAGAUAUAAAUAUAAAACUUUAUUUAGGGACACAGAAUUAUUAUUAUUACCAAGCGAUCUAACCGGACCUCAAAGAAGAUUAUAUUUAGUACUUUUCGAAAGUAAACACCAAGAUGUCUUCUUAGGAUGUGCCAAAAUCAACUAUAAUUCACCUAAACACACCCGAGUAAUAAUUCAAUCCGGGGGUAUAAAAGGCGAUGUUAAAAUGAUCCAACAUACCAAAUUCGAACCAACUUUCUUAACCGUGAAUUUGACAACAACUAGGGGAGAUUUGGAAACUAGAAUAGUUUAUAGUUCGACUGUCGCAGGAUAUAAAAUUCAUGAAUUACCAAUGAAACCUUCUAGGUCUGUUGGACUGAAUGAAAAUUCUUGUUUGACGACUAAUUUUGUUUAUAAUCCGUUAAAAAUUAACAUCAACAAUGUUCCCCCGAAUGGUUUUGGAACACAAGAUCAAUAUUCCAUUGGGGAUUUAUCUGGGAAGUUAUUAGGGAGAAACAAUGAAACAGUUUUAGUACCUGGAGGUCAAGAAUUAACAGGUACAUAUUGGGAUACGUAUCUACCUCUACAAGGAAUACAUUCCAUAGUACACAGAUCGUUAGUAAUAUACAAAAAUACACAGUAUCCAUCUUCAGAGUUGGUAGCCGAGCCUUGGAUUUGUGGUGGUAUUACUCUUUAUGAAUCGAAUUUCAAAUACCAAAAGCAAAUUUUUACGGCACAAGUACUCUUUAGAUACCCCACAGUAGGGAGGAUGUUGAUGAGACAAGCCAAAAAUGAACCCCACGCGGACACUACGGUUCUAAUAGAAUAUUUAGUCCAUGCCGACGGUGCAGCUUUGAAUAAUUCCAAUGAUCAUAGAUGGGCGAUACACGAAUUACCGCCUGGAAAGGAUUUUUAUAAUUGGACUGGGAGAUGUUUGAGUUCGGGGAAUGUUUACAAUCCUUACAAGGUAGAUUUUGGUAAUGGUACAUCGUCGGCUCGUUGUAGUAUGGACAACAUAGGUUUGUGUAGAUUAGGAGAUCUGUCGACUCGUCAAGGUACUUUAAAUAUAGCGGGAAAAAUGGCCGACAGUGAUAAGAUAUCGAGGAAAUUGUGGACGGAUCCAUCGAUACCAUUAACUGGUUUCCAUAACGUUUUAGGCAAAUCUUUAGUUUUAUACGACGACAACGGACCAAAAGCAAGAGGUGAAAGAUUAGCUUGUUCAAUAAUUGGUGGGGUGUAUAGAAGAAAAGCUGUAGCGAGGGAUUGGUUUCCGAAUGGUCAAGAUAUUACACUAAAAGGAAAAAUUGAAUUUGUUCAACAAACUGAAUACGACAUUACUGAUAUAGACGUUGAUUUAGAAGGUUUAAACAACGUUAACGAGUACCACAUACAUAUGACACCUGUUGAGGAAAAUUUGGAAUUCCCUUGCGAAGAAACUUCUUUAUACGGUACAUGGAACCCGUUAAAUGUCGAUCCAGCUUCGUCACCAAGAGCUUACCAUGGUACCCCCGAUCAAUACGAAGCUGGCGAUUUAAGUGGAAAAUUCGGUAGCUUGGAAAAUCAAACUUUAUAUAAAACUUAUUAUAACGAUACACUGUUAAGUUUGUUCGGUCCGAGGAGUAUUUUAGGAAGGUCUGUUGUAUUGUAUCAAAAGAAAUCAAGAAGAUGGGCAUGUUCGACCAUCGAAAGAGGCUACAGUCCAUCUGAAGCUAGAGAAUUAAGAGCCAUUGCUUCUUUUCACAAUCCCAAUGGUUUCGCUUUCGGUUACAUGAAGAUGAGACAAUUGAUACAUAAAGAUGGAAGCGCUAGCGAUACCACCAUAGAAGUUAAAUUGAGACAUCCCGGCAAAAACGAUAGGAAUGUCACUAGAAAUCAUAAUUGGGCGAUUUAUGUUAAUCCAGUGGGUGUAGACGCCACUGUCAAAACUAUGGCUACAAGAUGUGUUGCAGGUGGUUAUGUUUGGAACCCAUUUUUCACUCAACUGGCAGAUCCUCUAAAUACGGACCUCUAUCAACAAGAAUGUGGACCAGAGAAUCCUCUAAGAUGUCAUGUUGGUGAUCUAUCAGCUCGAUUGGGUACAAUCGAUAUAGGUUUAAGAAGAAAAGUUUUCACGGAUUCCAAUUUUCCUUUAGAAGGUGAUGUAACUGCUGUCGGGAAAUCGAUUGUUAUACUAGCUCCAGAGAAAAGGGGAGAAAGAUAUGCUUGUGCCAAUAUUGAACCCGACUAUGACAUUAUUAAAUAUGCUAAUAUCGAAAAACCACCUCGCUUUGUAGUUGCUCAGUUUAUAGAAGAUAUAAGAGAAGUGAUGGGAAUCCCCGAGUGGUUUUUGACAGUUGACAGUAGGAAAACGAAGUCUUUACACAACGAUGGCUGCGUUCAACUGUUACUGCAUUUCAAAGGACCGAUAGCGAAUCGAUUAGAACAGGAUUUUAAUAGAUUGAUGCUAAUCGGAAGACUAGACGCUCCUAGUUUAUAUAUACCAGGAUAUAUAAACGAGAAACGAAAAGUUAAAAUCGCUUAUAAAUUAUGCGGAGCUAAAGAUCCAAACGAAAAGAGCAUGAAGAAUAGUUUUUUCUUCAAAUCUAGAUCUAGUACCGUGAAAUCCACUGUAUUGUUACCUUGUUUGAUUUUAUUUAUAAUUAAAUUUGUAUAAUUACCAAAAAUGUUGAUGUAUGUAAAUAAUAUCUAUGUGAAUUUUAUUUAUUUUUUUACUGUAGUUAAUAUUGUAAACGAUGUAAAAAAUAAAGUAAUACAUUCCGUA